GCAUCUGAAUUUCUAACAUAAAGUGAGAUACUUUGAAAUAUAAAUAUAAUCAGUCAGAAAGGUGUUAAAUACGUUCAUAAUUUAGUUGGUUAUCCUGAAUAAAUAUACUUAUUCUUUGAUGAUUUUAGCAAUCAUAACGAACUAUUCACAACCAUACGGAUAUAAUUGUAAUUUUGAUUAUACGGAUAUUUGUUAAUUGAGAUUUUCUCAGUUUUAAUUGGUUACUACUUCAAAUUAUUUUUAUUUUGUUGAUGAACUAAAGUUUAAGAAAAAGAACAGACGUGUUAACAUCAAGGAAAACUAAGUCUAUCUUAUAAUUAUUGUUUGAUUUGAAUGCGAUGCAUACAUAUGAAAUAUUUCUUUAUUUUUGAUUCCUUUUUUAGUAAUUUUUGGAUAAAAGUGAUGCCAACGUUGAAUUCAAGUUAAAAAUAAGCUUGUAAAGCAUAUGACAAAUAAGAUUUUACACCACAUUAUUCCAAUGAUAAAACUGGCAAUCAUCGUAAACACAUUUAGUUAACAGUAAAUUAUAUAAUAAUUAUAAUUGAAGUCAUUAAUUCGCCACGGACUGAAUUUUAAAUUAUGUAACAUUAUUUAUGAAAUAGUGCGGAUUAAAUUCAUGAUUGAAACGUGAUUCAGACAUCAAACAACUAUGGAUGUAACCUAUGUUUUUAUCUAUUAUAAUAGAAGAUAUUGUUAAUGGAUUUAGAAAUUUACAAUAUAGUUUUAUACAUGGACAAGACAGACGCGCCGAAUAAGAAGAACGAUGUAAAUGAAGAUACACAUGAAAACCGCUACAAAGAUAUGCCCACAACUGUGAUUGCCUACCGACUUUCAGUGUAUUUCUCCCUGUGCCUGACAGUGUCUAGUCUCUACCUACCAGAGAUGAAAGAGCAAACAAGCAUAAGACAGACCAGGAGCGCUCCGUUUACAGACCCAAACCCGUUAGAACGGCAACAACGAUCAAUAGAUCAAGACCGAUCGCAAUGGGGUAAGCGUUCCGUUUAUAAUGUCUUCUCGAAAAUGAUGACAAGACAUGCGAAUCGACAUAACAAUGAUAAAGUAUUUGUAGACAAGAUGUUCAAUUUAUUUGAUCUAGACGGUGAUCGGGUUAUAGAAAGAAGAGAAUUCAAAGCAGUGCUGCAAAUAUUAGGUAUAGUCAGUCAUCGCUUUUGAAACUCUAAUUAUUGACAAAAUUUAAUGAAAAUUACAAAUAUCGACCUGUGAUACACUGUUUAUCGUGCAUUCGCGCGUUACGUGCAUAAUUAUAUUCCACUGAAAACUUAAUCACGCGUGAAUGCACAGUUACACAACCGACAGAGUUUUCUGGAACAUGAAAACGCAACAUAAGUCUUACACGAACUUCUAAAAUCGGACUCUACAGCUGCUGGAGGGGGAUUCAAAGGAAAGACUUGAAAUCAGUUUGAUGACACGACACGGUCCACUGCAUGGUCCAUUGCUGUGCACACAAAAUAAUCAAAUCUAUAUGAUACAGACCACAUGAACAAUAAUGUUCUGCAGUAAAUUUUAAAGCGAAUUUACGAAGCAUAAUUCCUUUUUACUAAAUUAAUCAUGAUGUAAAAAUUUUGUUAAAGUGAAACUAUUAUUAUUAUUAUGUUUUAUCGAUUGAUUAAGUAUUUAUAAUCAUUUGUCACGGAUGUUUCAGUUUCAAAUUUAAUUUUUCAUAUAAUUCAUACAAUUCAAUAUCAAACGCUACAGGGCUGCUAGCUAGUACUUAUUUAAAACUAAAGAACUCAUAUAUAACGCUAUUGAAUGAAUUGACGAUGUGUUUGAAGUUCUUUUUUGCAGCUGGAUAUAUUUUCGAUCUUUUUGCCUACCUCCAGUUUAUCCAUUCUUCCUAUCUUGCUUAGAAGUAUUGUGUUUGAAAUACCUAUAAAAAUGAUACAAAAUGAAGCUGUCAUAAUCGUUUUAUACUUACUUGAUAAAUGAUACAUUUUUUCUUAUGACUUUCUUAUGUAACUAAAAAUUUUAAAAAUUCGUUUUCAUGUUUUUUUAAUACGAUACAUGCAUUUUGAUUUACAAGCGAUAAAACAUGCGCAAAAGAAAUGCAAAAAAGCAUAAAUUUGUUAUAUUCAAUUUGCACAAUCGUAAGUAACAAAUAAAAUAUAAUAUUUUACAAUAAUUGUACUUGCUAUCAAAUGUUUAUAAAUGAAAGUGUUACAUAUUGUUCAUGACAAAUGAUGGUAAAUAAACACUACCGUACAAACAUCCCUAGCACCAGCUUAUGCUUAAUACAAUUCAAAAACUUGGUAUUCAAUAACAUCUACAAAUGAACACUUUAAAUGAUUAUAAAGCUGAAAUUUGAAGAUGCAAACCAUAUAAAUUUGUUUUAUAUACAGAUAUAUCCUGACACAUUUUGCCAUUUGCUUUAAAAAUGUGUAAGAUAAUUUACGAAUAAAAACCCUUUCUUUAGCAACUAAGCACAGUAUUUCUAUGAUUUUCGGUCAAAAGCUUGACUUUUCAUGAACAAUACAAAUAAUGCACUAUAAUUUGAAAUUUAAGAUUAAAUGGAAAAUGUUUAUACAUACAUUUGUAUUACAUUAUCGUUAAAAUAAAACGGUGUUUCAAAUAUUUGUUUGGUCAACAACAACAACAACAAAAAGGGAUCAAAUGUAAUUGGUGUUAUGCAGUUAUACAAACAGCUGAGUUUCGAUUAGAAAUUGUUAUACUGAAUUUGAAAGUAAGCGUAUAAAUGCUGAUAAACAUUGUGGUUGUGGUAUUAUUGUACUUUCUUGACUAGACAGAAAAUGGAAUGAUUUAAAACUAUAUUUAUUUGAAGAUGUUGAUUUCAUAACUAUUCUAUUCUUUAAUCAAACAUAAAGCGAAUUAGCUAAACAGCACUAUGUUUCGCAGUACAAAUCCAUACGACAGGAUAUCUACUCAGAAGUUAUAAUUUUGCAUACAUAUUUGGACAAAAUUCAAAAAUUACAAAUUAGUUCAAUUGUUAAUAUUUAAGACGAAUUUUUAUCUUACAGGCCUUGCUAGAAAACUCUUAUUUUACAUAAAUAUUUGGACAAAGGUCAAAGUUUGCAAGUCAGUUCUGUUAUAUUUUGACAGAGGUACUCGGUACUAAAUUAACAAUGACUGUUCUAAAACAGUAUGCUUAAAAUUGUAUGAUUUUAUAUCGAAAUUAUUUAUUUUAAAGUAUAUUAUGAAAUUAAAUUAAAAGUUACAAGUUCGAAUAUAUUUUGAUUACUGGUAUGGGAGAUGAGAAAAUGAUUUGUUGAACAGUUUCAUUGAUAUAUUUUGAUGUAUAUUUGCUAAAAGAAGAUAUAGAAUUAUAUGAUUAUUUAUUAUAACUUUGAAUAUAUUUUAAAAUUCUUUGUUAAGAAAAUCUAUGUAUAUUUGUGUAAAUGCUAAACAUGCUAAUUGUUAAAAAUGUGUUUUACUUAAAAAUGUAGUACUUAAAUAAAAUAUUGA